GUUUCUUAUAAUUCAUCUGUCACUGUCCGCAUACGUCAUUGAAAUACUAUCGGUUCCGCUCUGUCGGCUCCGACCAUCGGUUCCGCAAUCCAGAACUUUUCUCGAGAUGCAGUCUGCUGAUCCUCGAUAUCAUCAAACAAUUCUGAACAUAUUAAAGCAAGCAAUCAAUUGGCUUCACUCUUCCAGGGUCAGUCAUUCAGCAUACUCAAACAACAACAUUACUACACAGCUCCUACUUUCUCGGGAAUAUAUACCUUCUACUACCACUACCACUACUACUAUAUAAACUACAAUGCCUACUACAACCUCCACCCCCCUCCCAACCCUAAUCUUCAUCUCCGGCGCCUGGCACCUCCCAACCUGCUACACCAAACUCAUCACCUACCUCCAAACCCACCACCCAACCCUCAACUGCACGACCAUCACCCUCCCCUCCACAACCGGCGACCCCAGCGCCACAUUCAAAGACGACCUCUGCGCCGCCCGCGCCGCCAUCACCCACGAAACCCUCCACCACGGACGCAACGUCGUCCUAAUCGCGCACUCCUACGGCGGGAUGGUCGCCAACAGCGCCAUCAAAGGCUUCACAUCACCCCAAACACCCACAUCCGGCACCAUUAUCGGCCUAAUCCUCAUUGCCUCCGGCUUCACCCUAACCGGCUUCUCCUUCAUGGACCCCUUCCUCGGCCACCCGCCACCCUCCUGGCGCGCAAACCACACCACCGGCUUCGCCGAACUAGUCACUUCCCCUCGCGAACUCUUCUACCAUGACCUCCCUGAGGAAGAAGCCCGGUACUGGGUCUCGCAGCUUAGACCGCAGAGUCUGAAAGCGCUGUUCGAGGGCGGUGAGUACUCGUAUGCGGGGUGGAAGGACGUCCCGUGCUGGUAUAUAGGGACGGAAGAGGAUAGGGGGUUGCCGGUGCUGGUGCAGCGGAUGGGUGUUGGGAUCGCGAGGGGGUUGUGUCCUCCGGGAUGGAGGGUGGUGUAUAGGGAGGUGGUGGGCGCCAGUCAUUCGGUGUUUCUGAGUAGGGUGGAGGUUGUGGGUGGGUUGGUUUGGGAGGCUGUAGAGGGGUUUAUGAGGAUGGAUGUUGAGGUGCAGAAGGAGGAGAGGGAGGGCGUGGUGAUUGUGCCUGAGGCGGAUGUUUGGAAGGUGUCGACGUGGUUCAAAUAUGGGGUGCCCGCGGCGCUGGGGAGGGGGGUCGGGUGGGGUUUUGGGUUGGUUGGGUGGAUUAGGGGGUGGUGGUAGAUAUGUUACUCUGUCUGUAUAUUGAGUAGUAGGUGACACUUGGUUUGAUGUAUAUGUUUAGCUGUGGGCUGUCUGAUUACAUUCGAAUCUGUUUUCUUAUGUUGUUGCCUUAUAUGGCGUUUGGGAAAUACUAUCUUCGCUCUCAUGUGAUUACUUAGCCCUCGGUGUAUGUAUGUAUGUAUGAUUAUGGCGGUGUAUACAGUAGAAUAGACAGAGCAUACUGAGUACUGUCUAUCUGCAUGAUGAAAUACAGGUUGUCGAUGCCAUCAUACUACUUCUCUCAAUCAUCAUA